AUGAGGUGUGUUAGCCUCUGUUGCUGGUGGUGCUGCAUUCCGGCCCUGGUGAUUGGCCAAAUAAAGACCGUAGUGGAAGAUGAAUAUCAAAACCAAUUUUUUGCAAUCAUCUCACAAGUGGACAGAUUGGGAAUAUUCAAGAACUUUAUCACAUACGCUGAUAAUAAGGAACAGGCAAACGAAUAUGGAACAUCCGUUUCGCUGCAGCAACGUCUAAUGGAAACCUUCGAGCGACCUGUUAUUGUGGCUGGUACCGAAAUUGGGCUGCUUCGAAAUAUCAUCAAUGAUCGAAAUCUAGCGAUAAUUUUUUUUAAUGGCAUGCAUGAUUCUACGCUGAGUACGGUGGAUGAAACCUUGAGAAGUCUGAAGACAAUUAUGACUAUAUUUGUGUACAAGUUGAAAAGGAAUCUAAUGCCCUCUCUUGGUCACUUGGAAGUCUUCUUUACCUGGUGCUGGAAUAGACAGUUUUACAAUAUUAUACUUCUUCAUAAGUACAAAAGCACGUUUGAAAUCUGGUCAUAUGAAAUGAAAAGAGAAAUGAAGAUAUACAGACUAACUAAUUUGACCGUAAGCCAAGAGGAACAACGGGCUCAUUAUAAGUUCGCUGAUAUGGGACAAUACCGAUCCGUAGUUGCCGUUUACCAGAAUUUGCCAGAUACAUUUUUUUACAAAAGCAAGGACGGCACUGUUGCCCUUGGCGGUCAUCUUGGUAUUCUGUUGGAUGAAUUCAUGCGCCAUGUCAACGGAACUAUGGACAUUAUGCCGUUGUCAUUUCGCAAUUAUACGAAUGCAAUCGCCAAAGGUCAUAAGGGAGGUCGAAUUGUUGAUAUUGGCGCGAAUCUGGUGACGGACUUGAGUUUUGCAUCGUAUAGUCCGAUAGUAUUGGCAACACGCACCUGCCUGAUCUUGCCCCAUAAUGUGUUUUCUAUACGGGAGUUUACGUUAACCUACAACGGUAACAAUUCAUUAAUUCUGUUCUUUGUAUUUUACACCAUCGUACAAGGUGUGAUUAAGCGAAUAGCAAAUCCACGCUUGCCAUUUGGUGUGCUGGUAUAUAGGAUUUUUCUGCUCGCCAUGGGACAAUCUGUAAGCAGCAGGUUAUUUCGCCGCAUGUCCUUGGCAGAUAAGUUUAUGAAUAUUUCAACGAGUAUCUAUAAUCUUUUGCUCAACAGCCUUUUGGUAAGCGCCUUGACGACGGCUUUUAUCGCAGGUUUUCCACGGCCUGAAAUUGUUGAUGCCGAAACAUUUUUGGCCAGUGGACUAACUAUCAUGGUUUUUCCCGAGCAGAUGGACAGUCUUUUCGAUGACAUACCAUCGGCUCUUAGUGAACGGCUUGUAGUUGUUGAUAAGGAGACAAGGGAUAAGCAUGUUCAAGCCCUGAACGACAGCUACGCCUAUGUGAUGCAAUCACACAAAUGGCUGCUAAUGGAGUUCAUCCAGCGGCGGCUGCUCCAGCCCAAACUGCAACUGGGCCCCAAUAAGUUGUGCGGCGUUCAGCGUUAUUUGAGGUUUCAUCUGCGUUUGGACCUAUCCUACGCAAGAGUUUUAAAAUACUUCGUGACACAAAUACGUGAAACGGGUCUGCCUAGAAAGCUGAUGCAACUGGGUCUGCGUAAGGCGCAGGAGACUGGAAUUAUUAGUGAGGCUCCUUACGAGCCGCCCAUCCGAUAUCCAUUGCCCAUAAAUUUCUUUGAGAAGGGCUUUAUAUUGUUCGCAUGUGGUAUAUCGACGAGUCUGGCGGUAUUUUUGCUUGAGUUGGUCUACUAUCGCUGGAACCAUAGUCGCAACAGUCUACGCAAUAUAAACAUAAGGUUUUAG